AUGUUCGCUGUCCAGCCAGGGCUAGCUGAGAGGGCCCAGUUCCUGGGGGGCCCACCUCCUGGAGUAUGUCAGCCGGAACUCCAACCAGACAGCAACUCCAACUUUGUGGCGAGUACCAAGGAUGCCAAUGAGAAUUGGCAUGGGAUGCCAGGCAGAGUUGAACCCUUCCAAAUGGGCAGCUCCCUUGAGUUGCCUUCUAACAACCAGGCCUUCCAGGUCCCUGGACUCCACGAAGGGGAGGUUCGCAGUCCCCCAGAAGGGGCAGAGAUUCCCAGGGCUGAGCCUGAAAAGAUAGAUGGCGUCAGCACAGUCUGCUCUCCGCUGGAAGACAACGGCUAUGCUAGCAGCUCUCUGAGCAUCGACAGCCCUAGCAGCAGCCCUGAGACUGCCUGUGCGACCCCUGGAGGCCUUGACCCUCCAGACCCCCUUCUACCCUCAGUGGCCCAGGCGGUGCAACAACUACAGGCGCAGGAGCACUAUAAAGAACGAGAGAAGGAGAAGCACCAUGUGCACUUGGUGAUGUAUCGUCGCUUGGCUCUACUCCAGUGGAUCCGGGGCCUGCAGCACCAAUUGGUUGACCAGCAAGCCCGUCUGCAGGAGAGCUUUGACACCAUUCUAGACAAUCGAAAGGAACUUAUUCGCUGCCUCCAGCAGAGGGCAGCACCAUCCCAGGACCAGGGCUAA